AUGGUUGGAACAUCACAAAGUUCUGGUAAACCCGGUGAUUUAAUCUGCCUAUGUAUUGGUGGCCGUUUAUUUGUAACUAGAAGAGCUACACUUUAUCGAUUACCGGACAGUCGACUUUAUUUAAUUGCUACGCAAGGAUCAAGUAAUCAAGAGUCGAAUAUAAAUUACACAAAUCAAUUAAAUAUAGGCGAUGAUUUUAUCAAAUCAAUGAAUGGUAAUAAUUCUGAAGUCACUUACAAAUAUUUAUCACAAUCACAAACAUCUGGUAGAUUAGUUGGAAAUGGACCAAAUGAUGGAGCUUUAAUCGGUGGAGCAUCAAUUCUUCCUGAUAAUAUAGCAUCAAUGGUUGCAGGAAAUAUGAAUUUGCAGUCAGCUUCGUCAAUAUGCCGAAAUCGUGGUUCUGGUUUUACUAAUCCAAUAGUGAAUCCAUCUCAUGGAAUUGAUUUAUAUCAAUCAUCAUCAAAUAAAUCUGUCCCAUUGUUAUCACCAACAUCAACUAAUCAAUUUACCCAAUUGUCUAAUGCACCUAUAAUGACAACACCUCCAAUUGUUUAUUUUUAUGAUCGUGAUCCAGAAAUAUUUCGUUUCGUAUUAGAUUAUUAUAGAACUGGAGAAUUACACUUACCAUCAAGUAUAUGUGGUCCAUUUGUACGUAAAGAGUUAAUAUUUUGGGGUAUUGAUGAAGCAUUAAUUGGUCCUUGUUGUAUGCCUGCUUAUAUGAGAUAUGAUGAGGAGAAACGCACAAAAAAUACAUUAUUUCGUGAUUGUUUUGAAGAUAUCGAUUCAAUGCAAAAUCUUGUCAAAUUUUCUAGAGGAUGGAAAAAAUGGCGAUAUAGAAUGUGGUUAUUUAUGGAUCAUCCAUCUUCGUCUUUAGCUGCUAAGAUUUGGGCAUCUGUUCUACUUGUAUUAAUGAUUGCAUCUGUAAUGUGCUAUUGCUUAUCAACACAUGACGUCUUCCGGACAAAAUCCACUAUUAUGUUAUCAUAUAAUGGCUUACAGUCAGUUGAAUCGAAUUCAAAUAAUAAUAAUAAUAUUUAUAUUAAUAACAAAGAGAGUAAUUUAAUGAAUAAACAAUUUCAUACUGAUCAAAAAGCAUCAUAUCAAAAUUUUCUAUCUACCACAACUAAUACAUUGAAUACAAUGACAACUAAAAAUACACAAUUUAAUAAAACAUUUAAUAAUCCAAUAUCUAUUUGUUAUGAUUCAUUAUGGCAUCCAAAUCCUAAAAUACAAAAAGAUUGUUCAACUGAACCAUCUGAAGGAUUAGUUACAUUUGAUAUUUCAUUAAAUUGUUUAUUCACUAUUGAAUUUCUGCUCAAAGUUUUACUUGCACCAGAUAAACCAAAAUUUCUUUCAUCUAUUGUAUCAGUAUUUGAUAUGGUGAUAUUAAUUAGUUAUUGGGUAUAUAUGUCAUUAUUUUAUUAUUAUUAUUAUUAUCCUAAAACAACAAUGACAAAUAAUAUUGAAUUAAAAAUUGAAUUAAGUGGAUAUUUAUGGUUAUUGAAUAUUUUAUCAAUGACACAAGCAUUACGUAUAUUACGUAUUUUUAAAAUAUCUAAAAUAUCUCGUGGAUUAAGAGUACUUAUAUUGACAGUGAAAAAAAGUAUACCAGAAUUAGUUCUAUUAGGUUUUCUAUUAAUGAAUGGUAUGUUUUUAUUUUCUUCUAUGAUGUAUAUAGCUGAAUAUCGUGUAAAUGAUACAUUUCCUGAUAUACCACAAUCAUUUUGGUGGUCAAUUAUCACAUUGACAGCUGUUGGUUAUGGAGAUAUGCAUCCAAAAGGUGGAGCUGGUUAUUUUGUCGGUUCAUUAACAGCUAUAUCUGGUUGUAUUGUCACUGGAUUAGCAAUACCAAUAGUUGGGAAUAAUUUUAAUACUUAUUACAAAUAUAUGAAAAAUCAAUUAAUGGAAGAUAAAUACUUGAAAACAUUACGUAAAGAUAUGGAAGCUACAGGUGGUGUCAGUGGAACUAAAUCAGGUUUAGGUGUAGCUGCAGAAAAAGGUGGUUUACCAUUGCCAGGUAGAAAACCACGUAAUAUCAAUCGACGAAUAAUACGUGGUAGUAAAAUAAGUAAAAAUGAUAAUAUGAAAAGUAGUUUAGUAAAUAUGAUGGAAAUUUGUACACGAUCUAUGAAACGUUUAUUACCAACAGGUUUAAUUAAUAAAAAUAAUUGUAAACCAAUUGGUGUGCCUAAAACUCCAACAACUGAUUCUAUGCAAUUAUUAACAGAAAAUCAAAAACUUCCCAAUGUAUUCACUCGUAAAGCAACUAUACAUGAACUAAAUGAAGGGAAGAAUAGUUAUAAAAAUCAAAAUAAUAUGUCCAGUAGUAAUUUAAUGUCAUGUAAAAAGAAGUUGAGUAAUGACAGAUUAGAUAUUGAACAUCGACCAAGUUUGAUGUAUCCAUUAGCGACGGAUCAGUUUCUUAAUUCACUUCUACCUUCUCAAUUAUCAUUGAUUCCAGCACCUCAAAUAUGGGUAGAUGGUGAAGAGUUCGAUGAUCAGUUAUCAGCUGCAAGUCAUGUGUUUGAUAAUGGUUGUAAUAAUAUUAACAAUACUAUCAAGUCAUCUCAACCAAUUUGUUCUACAUCAGGUAUAGAAACUACCGAAACAAUUCAAAAUCAUCCUGAUCACCAUUAUAUUUAUUCUCGUAUGUCUAUUGUUUCAGAGGAAAUAUUGCCUAAUUCUAUACAGAUUUCAUCAGAUAUACCAUGUUGUACAGUGUUGAAUGUUUCUGAUGUAAUACAAAAUGAUGAUAAUACUAUGUCCAGUGCUGAGGAUGGUGAUGAUGAACGGGAAGAUUCUAGUUGGGAAGUUAAAACAAUGAAAUCAACAAAUAAAAUUCAUAUGAAUUGUGAUAUGAAUACGGUAUCACGUAAAUCAACAUCAUUGACAACUUCUACACUAAAAAAUAAUAACAACGACAAUAACAACUGUAACAAAAACGAUAAUAAUAAUAAUAACACAGAUAAUAACAAACAUAAAAAGCCAAUCGCCAAGAGAAUGAAUUAUGUAUAAGUGUGUAAUUCAAUUCAGUCUGUUUAUUAAGUUUAACAUAAUCAAUCUAUCAAUCAAUUAUUGACAAUGA